GUGACAGAAAACCACCCGCAAACUGGUAAAGAGUUCACCACAUUUGUUUGCUUAAGAAAAAGGUUCAGAUCUAAGGAGAAAGGAAAGCAAUGGCGACGGCACCCGAUCACCUCUUCACUCUACGCAACAAUUUCUACUUGGGAGCCUUCCAGUCUGCCAUCAACAGCAGCGACCUCCCGAAUCUCUCCCCAGAAGAUGCCGUCGAGAGGGACUGCCUUGUCCACCGAUCUUACAUCGCUCUUGGAAGCUAUCAGCUUGUGAUCAGUGAGAUCGACGAGAACGCAGCCACUCCUCUCCAGGCCGUCAAAUUGCUUGCCUUGUAUCUUUCCAGCCCUGAAAACAAGCAAUCUGUAAUUUCAAGCUUGAAAGAGUGGUUGGCUGAUUCGGCUAUUGGAAACAAUGUCAUUCUAAGGCUGAUUGCUGGAAUCGUAUUCAUGAAUGAAGAGGACUAUAAUGAGGCUUUGAAGCACACCCAUGCUGGAGGGACCAUGGAACUGCAUGCAUUGAAUGUUCAAAUAUUCAUUAAGAUGCACAGGACAGAUUUUGCUGAGAGGCAGCUAAGAGUCAUGCAACAGAUUGAUGAAGACCAUUCCCUUACUCAGCUUGCAAAUGCAUGGCUGAAUCUGGCAGUUGGUGGUUCGAAGAUACAAGAAGCACUACUCAUAUUUCAAGACUUCUCUGAGAAAUAUCCCAUGACGGGUCUGAUAUUGAAUGGGAAGGCUGUUUGUUGCAUGCACAUGGGCAACUUUGAAGAAGCAGAGACGUUGCUUCUUGAAGCACUAAACAAGGAUGCUAAGGACCCCGAAACCUUAGCAAACUUGGUUGUGUGCAGUCUCCAUCUUGGCAAACCAUCUUCACGUUAUCUCAACCAGUUGAAGAUCGCACAUCCGGAGCAUAUGAUCAUUAAGCGUGUAUCGACUGCAGAAGAUAGCUUCGAAAGAGCAGUUCAAUCAGUUGCAUGAUUUUUUAGUUGAAGAAGUGCCCCAAGAGCCAGUCUUCUGCAUUUUGGAUUGUUGGGGAUGGGGUUCUAACAAAACACAGUUUGGAAUGUGCUUUUUCAAUCAACUUAUAUUUUUGUCAUAUACCGAAUGCUCGUAGUCUCGAUUAUGUGUUUUUAACAUUUUAAGGAUCAGUUCACAUUUCUGCACGAGUCUUUCAGUGCUUGGCUCAAUAGCCAACUCUGUUCUUGUGGUCACGAUGCUCUUAGAGUUUAUUAAUGUCCAAUACGCAGCGAGUGAAAUGUGUUCGAGUGUUCCUCCUUAGACAAUGGCGGUGGAAUUUUGGAGCAGUACUGGCAGUCAAGUUUCUGCCUCUUAGAAGGUGAGAGAACUGAUGUGCUUCAGCUGCAGAAACACCAGUAAAAAAUUCUUAUGCAU